ACCAACUGACGUUUUCAUCCUGGGCCCGGAUUCAUCAAUCUUACCAACCACGCCUCUGGUAUCUCUCGCAUUUACCGGAGCGCUACCAGAGCUGCGGCAUCUUUCAACCACGGGAUUCAUCAACGGCAUGGUAACGCUCCGGUAACUCGCACCCUAGCAACGAUUGGUUGGGCUGGAUAGCCAAUCACGUGCGACCUUUCAUAAUGUAUUUGGGCUUUCACGUGUCGUUUGCUUACUAAUGCACAGACUUCAAAAUCAAGACAUGUGUAUUGUACAGAGGUAAAUACUGCCUUAAAACAAAUAAUUAGCGUUGUAAUCCCUCAAUAAGAUGUGUUUUUUAUGAAUGAAAGCACAUUACUUGUAUAUUUAUCUUUGAAAUAAAAAUAUAAUCGCUUAUACAAUAUUCUGCACGUUUCUGUAUGUUACCUCCAUAGUUUCCGUCAUUUGGUGAGCAUUCUGUUGCAUAUGGAUAAUAAUGAUGAAGGUUCGGCGACGCUAACGCCAGAAGCGCGCCUCACUUUCAAAACAUGGCGUCAGCUGUGAAAAGAAGGCGGCCCAAUUUCUCAAACGAGGAAAUUUUAGCCCUCAUCACAGGGGUGAGGCAAAGAUGGGAAACCAUCACAGGGCCUCUGUCCUCUUGCGUCACCGCUGCAGCCAAGCAACGAGCUUGGGAAGCUGUGGUGGAGGAGGUCAACGCCGUGAGUGGAGUUGGGCGCAGCGUGGAGGAGGUUCGCAUGAAGUUCUCCGACUUCAAGCGCCACACUAAGAAGAAGUUGGGAGAAUUAAGACGUGAGGCGACUAGCACAGGUGGCGGCUCUGUCCAAACAGACACCCUCACCGAUGCUGAGGAGGCCAUGGCGCAGGUGCUGGACCCUGCAGUUGUAGCGGGUGUGGGAUCUGGUUUAGAAUCAGAUCCUCGUCCAACACCUUCUGUGUCUGCAGCUGCUGCAGACACAGAAGUGUGUAGAAUCUUCCUUUCGGAGGAUUCUAUGACACCCGCACUUCUGCAAGGCCCAUCACAGCCCCCUCCUCAC